AAUGUAGUGAGAAAAAAGAGAAAUAAAUACUACGUCUCCUCUCUCUCUGUUUGUUACCUUUCUUUCGUCUUUCUCUUCCUUCUUUGCUUCCUCCCUAGCGAAGAAGAGAAGAGAGGAAAGGAGACGGCCAAGCAACAAAAAGCCACCUGCCGGAGCAUCAUAAAUACCCGUUUAUGUGAAAAUUUUUGAAGCAUUUUUUCGUUAGCUUGAACUUUGAAGGCUCGGAAGGGAAUUGGGGGUCCUUGUUUUCAAUUUCAUUGGUGGGUUUUUGUUGUUGGUGAAGAAUCAAGAUGAUGGUCGCAAGCAGUUUUGAUCUUUGGAAAAAGGACGUCUUCUUUCCUGCAGCUGAGGAGGUCCAAGAAUCAGCUGACAUAAUGGAAUCUACGUACAGGGUAUGGGUUCGACAGAGGAGUGAAAGGCUAGCACCAAAACAUUUGGAUGAACUCUGUAGGGAGCUGCAAACUGCUUUAGGUACUGCCAAAUGGCAGUUGGAAGAGUUUGAGAAGGCUGUCAGAUUGAGCUAUGGACAACGUGGUGAUGAUCAUACAGCAGCUAGACAUGGACAAUUUAUUACUGCUAUUGAAAACCAAAUUUCCCAAGUUGAAACAGCACUAAGGGAAUCGUUUAGUGUGGAAGGAAAGCAACCCCUUCGAUGGGUACAGCUGGAUGAUGAAGAACAUGAUGAUUUUGCUGCAUUUCUCUCUGGGACAUCCCAAAGUAUGCAAACUGCCAAAAAUGAAUGUCUAGAACUAGGACCUUGUAGGAGCAGCUCUGGGGAAAGUGACAUUAGAAGAAAAGAGAUGAACCUUAAAUCUAGUGCUGCAUGCAAUGGAGACAUCUCUGAUGAAAUAAAGGGUGUUAAAGAUGUUAUUACUCUUUCCAAGGAUCCAAAUUUCGUCAUGGAAUCGAAAGGAAAAGAAAUUGCAGGAAUGAGGGAUGAUAUAUUUUAUGAUACAGAAAAAACAACUAAUACAAGGAAGACAUGCAGCUCACCAAAUUACAGUGAGUUGAGGAUUGUAAUAGCGGAUGAAAUAGAACAGAGAAGAAAUCUAAUUCCGGGAUAUGAGGACACACCCAAAGAAAAACGAUCUAAACUUGUCUUCUGGAGGCAAAAGUGUGGGCAAUUGCAUCUGGGAACUGGAGCAGUUAAUUUGUUCAACCAGAUGUUUGGUCGGGUUGGUGCAUCUCAGAAGCAAUUGCAAAGUCCACGGAAGCAAUGGCAGACACCACUACGCUUGAACAGUCGUUGUUCAGUUCAAGCUACCCUUGGUUUGAUGCUCACUGUUUUUUUGCUUGUACCGUUUGUAUUUUAUUCAAGUUAAGAAAAAGUGGUAAACACAUUGUACCCGAGCAGGAUGAAGACUGAAAGGUAUUGAAGCUGUUUCUAUUGUGACAAGAACCGGAAAAGGGAAUGCUUGUAACUAACAUCGCCUCAGUUGCUUUUAGGGCUUUGGACGAAUAUGCCAAGUUACCCCUUGUUCGAGCACUAGGAGCGAAAGAGUCAACAUGAAUGAGGUAGCGAUCUUUUCAGAUUUCCUGAUACCAUUAAAAAUGUAUAUGCAUUCAGAUAGCAUUUAAAACAUAAGAAAAAUAUUUGGAAAUGUAGACAUUCUACAGUCCCAUCACGCUUGAAACUUGAAUUAUGAUGUCAAUGGUAACAUUGUUAGGGGGUGAAGACUCAAAAUCGAUGUCGAAGAUGUACUUCCCAAUUUGCUUGUACUUGUAAAGUGCUUUUUAGGGGUGCUUGAUUCACACAAAACGAAUGAUAUCGAUGGAUUCAUGCA